AUGGUCAAUAUCAAGACCCUCGUGAGCAGCUUCAUACUCCUCAAUGCUGCAUAUGCUGCUGUCACAAAGAGGGACAACAACCAUCGACCAAGUGAGGUGCCUACCGUACACGUCAAGAAUGGCACCUACACAGGCUACUAUGCUUCCGCUUAUGGCACCGACAACUUCCUCGGCAUGCCAUACAGUCAACCUCCUGUCGGCGACCUACGUUUCCGAGUCCCUCAAUCGCUUAACACUACCUGGUCUGGCACCAGAAACGCUACUCAGUACAGCCCAGAAUGCAUUGGAUAUGGCAGAGACACUUGGAGCCAAGGCAACUACGUGAGCGAAGAUUGCCUGACGCUGAACGUCGUCAAGCCAGCAGGUUCAUGCGAGAACCUUCCAGUACUUGUCUGGAUCCACGGUGGAGGCCUUGUGAUGGGCGGCAGUGGAGACCGUCGUUACAACCAGUCUUUCAUCGUUCAGCAGUCCGUGGAAGCAGGAAUGCCUAUUAUCGCUGUCAGCAUAAAUUACCGCCUGUCGUCGUGGGGCUUCCUCUACGGACGUGAGAUCCAAGAGUCCGGCAACACCAUGAACGGAUUCAGGGAUCAACGUCUGGCUCUUCGAUGGGUGCAAGAAAACAUUGCUGCCUUUGGAGGUGAUCCAAACCGUGUUACCAUCCAAGGUGAAUCCUCAGGUGGUACCAGUGUCGGAGCCCAAUUGCUUGCCUACAAUGGUCGUAACGACAAUCUCUUCCAUGGAGCCAUCGCUGAAUCAGGAGCUCCUAUUGGUCUCAAUCCUGACUUUGAUGUCGACGACUGGGAACCAGUCAUCGCGAACAUCAGCAAGGCCACAGGAUGUAGUGGUGCCAGUUCUGUACUUGAUUGCCUCCGCAAAGUCCCUACAGAUCAGCUCAACUCGGUCAUCAACUCUACCGUCACUCGAGGAGCUCGCUACGGCCCCGUAGUCGAUGGAGACUUUUUAACGCAGACCGCCUCGCAAGCGCUUGCCAAGGGUGACUUCCUUAAGGUCCCGUACAUCAUCGGUGUCAAUGAGGCCGAGGGUGUGGGCUUCGGGCCAGGAGGUCUCAACACAACUCAGCAAGUCUUGAACUAUCUCAUCAGAUCAGGUUAUGACAAUGCUACAGCCCAUGACAUCGCGAUUCUCUACCCUGACAUUCCAGCUAUUGGUGUACCUAGUACUCUUCAUGGUAGACCAAACGCUACCAUCGGACUCCAGUACAAGCGCGCUGCUGCUAUCGGUCAGGAUAUGAGCAUGAAUGCUGGCAGACGUCUGACAGCACACUGGUGGGCAAGACACGGUGCUAAAGCCUACACCUAUAUCUUCAAUGCUCUUGUCAACGGCCUUCCAUACUUCGCUGGAGCAGUCCACUUUCAGGAGGUGGCUUUUGUCUUCUACAACACAGAAGGUCUUGGCUAUCCUCAGAACGGCAAUCCCAACCCACUGGGUGGGCCAGCACGUGAAUCGCUCGUCACCCUAGCCAAGCAGAUGUGCCGCAUGUGGGUUAGCUUUGUCAACUACGGUGACCCUAACAUGCAUCUUGGUGCAGAGCCUUGGGUCGCCGUCGAUGCAGAUGAGCCUGAGUACUACUACUUCCAGCAGAACGCUACGUCAAGCUCCAUGCCUGAUAUCGUGCGUGCCGAGGGUGUGAGUUAUAUCGAAGAGCUCAUCAUGGCACGCAAGGGUACCAACUGCACCGGUAUUGUUGCUUGUGGCAGCACUUAUGAUGGCGAUCUUGGUAAUCUUUAG